GGGCAGCACGGGAACUCGGUUCGAAAAACCAUUGCGGAAAGCCGUUUUAACUCCGAAAUGUUUCGCUGUAGUGUUAGUUGCCCCGCGCGUUGUCGACACGGUUUCUGACUUCGUGCGAUCCCAAACAAAAAAAAUCCCACUAAUCCUCCGAAAUGGGCCGUUCCGCCUCCAAGGAACAAACCGCAAACCCCCCGAACAAUCCGUGGGAGGUGGAAAUAGCCCGGAAGAAACGUCGCGAACAAAAUGUGAAGGAACGUGCCGCGGAAGUGGCUGCCGAACGGAAGAAGAUCGAGAAGCUACGGAAACGGGAGGAAAAGGAAGCGAAACGGGCACAGAAAAAGAAGAGCAAAAAGCGGAAAUCAAAACUGGAAGAUUUGAAGGACAGCCAACCACCGCCCAUCGUGCGCAAAUCGAAGGCUAAGCUGGAGGAAAGUGAUUACGAUUCGGAAGCGAUUCGACGGAUGCAGGAUCAGCUGGCGUUCAGCAGUGAUGUGUUCGUGCUGAACCAGCUGCUGCUGGGGGUGCAGUUCUACGGGAACUAUGAAAGAGAAAUGUGGGAUGCAGUCGAACGGAAUCGACAAGCGGAGAACAAACACAACGGACGGAUAUCACAGCACUGCAAAACGGUCAUCCUACCCGAUCGAUUGCAGGAUGCAGUUGAUCAAAGGGUCAAAUUUCUACCCAAACACGGACUUCGAAAGAACGAACUGCAGCCCCUGUACACACAGACCUGCUACGUGAUACACGACAACAUCGAGAUAUCCAACCCUGGGGAAUCUUCGGUGUACAGCAUUCUAACGAAUGCACCCAUCUACAAGCUGGAAAUUGAGGACGGCUUGGAGGAGAAGCUGAACAAUGCCGGCAGACGACGCCGGGCGUACUGCCAUCACGGAUACAUCAAGCUGAAAAGUACCGAGUACAUCAAACCAAACGAUCCGUCGCCACUGGAUGUGAUAAACGAGAAACCGAAUGGGUAUGGCGACGAUUCAAAUGGUUUAUGUAAAAAGCAAAUGAAGGAAACGCCUAAAACUAGUAGUACCAGUGAAAGUGACACCAUGGAUGAGGAGGACGAAGUCGAUGAAGAGGAAGAUGACGUCCCGAUCGUUAAUUUCGGAAAAAUUAACUUCAGAGAUAGCGUCGCGAUAAAACUGCCCAAACCAACUCCCAACGGUAGUAUCUACGGGUUGAACCGCUUGGUUAUCCCGUCAACCUCGACUAGUUCAACGUCUCCACCGAGCAGUGAGUACGACUACGCGUACAUAACGGCGAUCAACACCCAUCAACCGCUUAGCAUAAUGAAAGGGAUCAGUAACGAUCGACCGGUUAGUACCACGGUUCUACCGGAUUACUGCGUGACAACAAUCAACUGUCCAACCGAGUUGAACCAGGGCUACUACUCGGACGCCGAGUCCGAUGCGGACAAACUAGUUUAUCUAGCAAAAGGUGCGCUACCGGUGAAAAAUAACCCCGUAGAAUACACAACCGAACAACGGCAGUACCUCAACUCGAAGGGGUUCCUCGCCUACUUCAUUAACCUGUUCCAGGAUACUCUAGCUCAAGAUCUGGGCAUCGGGAGAGAAGAUCUGGAUAAGGCAACGUGGAAAGGAGCCGUAAUCUACAGCGGUUGCUGGGAGAUUGUCCCCGCGAUUCUAUGCCCUUGGCCACGAGAAGCUGUAGAAUGGGUUCAACGAAAACGCGAAGUCAAAAUCAAUCCGCUUACCAAACAAAAAUUCCAAUGGCCUACACCGCCCAUGAUUCAGAAGGUUAAAUCAUUCGGCUGCCACGUCAUCCCUUCCGGAUACGCCCCAAAACAGGGUAGCAAUCGCUACCGUCAGCUAGAGUGGAAGAUCGUUUUCCCCGAAGCGGAACGCUACCUGGAAAGCUGCCUAACCAACACCCAAACGAAGAUCUACAUGCUGACGAAACUGUUGUUUAAAACGUUCGUCGAUCCUGUCUUCACGACCGGUGUCAGCAUGUUCAGCAACGAACAUCUGCGGGCACAUCUCUUCUGGCAGUGCGAAAGCAACUACGCAGCCUGGCCGGCAGACUACCUUGGGGAAGCAUUCAUUCGAUUCCUGAACGCUCUGCUAGAUCGCAUAAAAACGCACAAACUUCCCGACUACUUCCUACCGAGUCGGAACCUGUUCGAGAACAUCCCGGAAAAAGUGCUGGUCGAGUUGCACAAACGAAUCUUCCGAAUCACCGAGAAUCCGGUGAUGCACGUUCUGAUCGCGCUACGAAAUAUGAAGCUUCCCGGAGGGAAUGUGACGUUCUAUCCGAAGAUCCGAAUCAAGCGGCUGUAUUCCGUGUUGAUCAUCGAUAAUCCACUGAAAAUCUUGAAUCCGCGGUUUCGAGAUGAGAACGAGAACUUGGCUGCGGAGGAUUCAGCCGAUGACGACGGGAACGAGAAAGAGGUCGCCGUUGGAUCGAUGGCGUAUUUCAACCAACAGGAGGUGGAAUCACGAAAACAGAGGACGCGCAUAGUUCGGUUCAUGGAAGCGGAAAAGAUGAAGCAAGAGCAACAAACCAACGAGGAGCGUCGGGUUUCGAUGGAUUCGAUCGAUUUGAUGUUUGUUUUUAAUUUUCAGUUCAGUCCGCUGAAACACAUGGAGAAUAUCCGGCGCCAAUUGAUUUACAACAUCUUCGUGCAGCAUUUCAUCGACAUGGCUCAGACAUCAUACUACUUCCGAUCGCUCAAUCAGGGGUUGGUCUAUUUGAAACAGGCCGAACGGUUGUGCAGUCUGCUGAGUGAUGAUCACGGAGUGGAGGAAGCACGCCGUUUUCUGUCCAAGAUCUAUCGCUUGCGUAGCGAGAUACUGAAAACGACUAAUCAUACCAGUUACGGACCGGCUCUACCCAAACGAGCCAGUUCCAUACAGAGUCCCCAAAAUCGACGCAUGCGAAUGAAGUCACCGAGACAGAACGGACGACCAUCGUACAGCAACGUUAGUCCGGAAUCGCGUUCGCCCGAGGAAACACCGUGGCAAUCGCCGGAAAAUGACAGAAGACGUGCUGCCACGCGGGUUUCGGUGCAAGUACAUCCGGGACCGUCAACUUCACGAUUCGACGUUUCAACCGAUCAGGACGAGAUUUCUCAGUUACUGGGAAAUGUGUCCGCUAUUGCUUAGAUGAUUGUUGUUAGUUUUUGUAUGAGGUUAGGAACUACUACUGUGAUAUC